ACUAGUUCAGAUUGUGUACAAGGUUGUAGCUUAUGAGCGACGAGGAGGACACCGAGGAAGACGACCAGCGGAUCUUGCGAUCAGCUAGAGGCCCGAGAGCUCACAUGUCCCUAGGACCGGAGGGUGAUAGGAGACUGUUCCGCCAGCUUAGGGAGAGACAGCAGCAGCAGAGGAGAGCUAGAGCAGCCGAGGCCAGCAGGGCUUUAGUUAGCGAGGCCGGUGCUACAGCAGCCGUGGCUACUUCCGCCAUGGUCACUUCUGCGCAGCAGACUUCCCAAGCGAGCAGUUCAGGUGCCGUCGGGUCAACGGUCGCGCAGACCGUGAGUCAGUCCACUUGCGUUAUGGCAAGCCAGGCAGCGGUGUUGACUCCAGAGGAUGUCGCCAUCCAGCAGGCAGUCCUGCAGGAGGCACAACUACAAUGGGCAUUAGGAGAGAUAAAAGCGGAGAAGGAGAAGAUGAUCAGAAGAAGAGCCAGGAUGCAGCGGAGAGGGGCAAACAUAGAGGAGUUAGAGACGGUGGACCUGACGAACAUGGAUGAUGAUGUGAGGGUAGUUAGGAGGGCCCUGCUAGGCGUAAUAGAGAUGAACCAGUUGGCAGAAGAGGCCAACAUAAAUAUGCACAUUUUCCCUUCGUUCAGGGAGGUGGCCCAUGGACGGGCACCCACUACGGAUGGGAGAAAGAAGACACUGCCUCCCAACUGGAAGGCGAAGGGUCGCUUGAUGUUCGUCGAUAAUGAUGGUUCUACCAUCGAAGUAGAUGAGCACUUCCAGGCGGGAGUAGGUUCAGAGGCAGGCAGCAUAGAUGCUUCAGAGGGUGGAGUAGUUGCUGCCGUAACCCAAAAAGUCAUCGAGCAGUAUGACUUCGACCCCCAGUAUCUCAAAGGGGAGUACAACAAGGUGGCUGAUGCCUUGUCGCGUAGACCUGACUUUUCAGGUGCGCUGAUUACUGAGUUCGACCUCACUGACGAUGUAACUCGCUCUCUGGUGGAUGCCUAUCGCGAGGAUCAGUUCAUGUUAGAGAUCAUACGCAGACUCGAGGCGAAGGACAAAAAAACCUCCGCCGAGUUUGAGUUGGUCAACGGUUUGCUGUUUCUUGAGAAGGUCGAGAAUAAAUGGUUGUGCGUCCCAAAUAGAGAGUCUUUGCGUAGUUUAUUUUUAGGUGAAUGCCAUGAUGCCACCGGCCAUUUUGGGUAUAAGAAGACCGCAGCCAACUUGCUGCAGCGGUUGUGGUGGCCCACGAUGAUGCGAGAUGCUCAACUGUAUGUGGAGACGUGUCAUGUGUGUCAACGAGACAAGCCACGUACUCAGGCUCCUCUUGGGCUUCUGAAGCCCCUUCGGAGUCCAGAACGGCCUGGUGAGAGUCUGUCCAUGGAUUUCAUGGAUACUUUGAUCACCAGCAAGAGUGGGAUGCGUCACAUCUUCGUCAUCGUGGAUAGAUGUAGUAAGUAUGCUAGGUUAGUAGCCAUGCCGGAAACAACAAAGACAGAGUACGUGAUUCGAAUGUUCAAAGAAAACUGGGUUAGAGACUUUGGUUUACCCAAGUCUAUUGUCAGUGACAUAUAUGUCAGGUUUACCAGCGAGUUGUGGAAGGCCGCUGCUGCAGAGCAGGGCACUCAGUUGCAAAUGACUCCUGGGAAUCACCCAGAGGCCAACGGCCAGGCCGAGCAACUGAACCGCGUUGUACAACACCUGUUGAGGCAUUACAUCAAGCCCAACCAGGUGGACUGGGAUGAGAAGCUUGCUCUCAUCGCCAGUCUAUAUAACAAUGCGGUACACAAUGCCACUGGGGUGAGCCCGAACAGUUUACUACUGACUUUGAAGCCUAGACUACCCCUUGACUUUCUCCUUCCUGAGAAUGAAUCAACUGCUGCACCGGGUACUUUAGAGUUUGCCUACAGAUAUGAUCAGAAAAUGCAGCAGGCAGUAGAACAGAUGCAGAAGGCACAGACAGCGAUGAUAGAGUCUGAAAACCGACACCGCCGGCCUUCUACCUUUCAGGUUGGGGAUAGGGUCUGGGUCAAGUCUUCAAAACUGGGACAGGAGUACGGGAUCUCCCGCAAACUCAUGCCUCAGUACUUUGGACCUUGGGAAGUCUUGGAUAUUGUCGGGACAGAUCCAGAUGGGCCAUCUUACGUUAUUCGGAUCCCUAGUCAUCUCCGUACUUACACUGUUUUUCACGCCUCCAAGCUCGCUUCUUUCAAAGAGACUGACCAGUUUCCAUCUCGUCGCUCAAUGCUGCCCCCAACCAUGGACGGAGAGGUGGACAUUGAUGAUAUUGUGGAUCACAGAGAGCUGCCGGUAUCAAGACCAGCAGGCAGGGGACGUCCUCCAAAACCGAAGUUGCAGUACCGCGUUCGGUUCCGGCAUCAUACUGAUCCGAAGGAGGACAGCUGGUCCGCCACUGCAAAGGAGGAGUGGGAAGCACAGUGGCAGCAAGGUGGGGACCUGGAGAAGAGGAUAUGCGAAUGGGUUGCCAAUCUGUCUGUGGGAGAGGAGGAAGAAGUUAGCAUGUACAUCCCACAGGAUCAGCAAGAGGCUGCCAUGAGGGUUCGGGAUGCAGAGAAAGAUCCCCUCAGACGACAGGCGUUGGAAGACGAGAAGAGGAUGGAGUGGAAAUUAGCAGUGAUGAGGGAGAAGAAGAGAAGAGUUGACAAGGCAGCGGAGGCGGCAGAAGAGUUAGAGGAGGUGAAAAAGAUAGAAGAGCAAUUAGCCGCCCAAACCGAACUCCCGGGCCAGAUGCGAGUCAUAGCCCGAAGCGUCGCACGCCUGGCACGGAUUCAGGCGGACCAAUAUGACUUCAGUUGGAGUCAAGAUAUAGUUGUGCGUUCAAUACGAUUGGGCCUUCGGGACUUUGCUCGUGAGUUGGUAGGCGCUGUUGGAGCCGAGGUGGGUCAUCGCCUCAACAAGACUGAGCGGUUUUGCGCUGGCGCCAUUGAAGGCGUUAAGGCGGCAGCUCCCAAGGAGGAGGAAGCACGUCCUCCUCGCCGGGAGCCGGUCAAGGAGACUCCCACACCACAUGUGCCUAUGGCAGAGGUUGCAGGCCGGUGUCUAGAUAACUGCCCAGAGACUGCUUGUGUUAGAGUCUCGCUGGACACCUCCCUCACAGACGUGGCUGAACAAUUGAAAAAGAGGAUGCCCGCCUGGGCCAAGAUGAAGAAGGAGAAUAAAGGGCAACUUAUCUUAUUAGAUGCAAAGAUUUUUAGAGGUAGAGUAGGGGCCCUAGUAGACUCAGGGGCCACCCGCAGCUAUAUUAGUAAGAAAGCGCUGCAGAAGUUGAAGUUGGGACUUAAAGUCCAGAAAUUGGCAGACCCCAUAGUUAGUAUCCUCGCAGACAAUCGUACUAUGGUUGUAGAGGAGUAUGUAGAGGGAGUCCAGGCGUAUUUUCGCCUAGAGAAGGAUGGGAAAGUGGAGAAGGUCCUCCACUCCCUGACUCUCCUCGUAGAAGACAGCCUCCCAUUCGAUAUUGUCCUGGGAAUGGAUUGGGGAGAGGCAGCCGAGGCCAUGCUCCAUUUGAAGGAGCACGAGUGUAGGCUCCCUAGUUCUUCAGGCGAGGCCAAGACUGCCCGCCUGUUCCAUGUGUCAGGCAUAGAGAAUCCCUUGGCACAUUGCUGUCUUAGUGCUCCUGCGUUCGCCAGGUUGGUGAAAAAGGAGAAAUUGGAGGAACAAGUUUUUGUUGCCUAUGUUAGGCUAGUGACUGCGCCUACGGAAGAAAAGCCGAUGGACCGUGCGAUUGCCAAGCUGCUGGAGGAGUUUAAGGAUUUAACUGAGCCGCCGAUAGGAGUAGUACCGCGGCCCAUCCAGCACCGUAUCGAAAUAGAGCCUGGCAGUAGAACUCCUAAGGGCGUUGUGUAUAGGAUGUCCCCACGGGAGUUAGAGGAGCUUCGCAAGCAGUUAGACGAACUCCUCGAGAAGGGUUGGAUUAGGCCCAGUUCGUCUCCUUUCGGAACGCCUGUCCUCUUUGUUCCUAAAAAAGAGGGAGAGCUGAGAAUGUGCAUAGACUAUAGGGGUCUGAAUGCUAUUACAGUGAAGAAUGCUGAGCCACUGCCUAGGAUAGAUGAUCUCUUAGAUCGAGUGCAGGGGGCCAAGUAUUUCUCUAAGAUAGACUUGAAGUCAGGAUAUCAUCAGAUAGAGGUUCACCCUGAUGAUCAGUACAAGACCGCGUUCCGGACUAGGUAUGGGCACUAUGAUUUUAUAGUGAUGCCCUUUGGACUGACCAAUGCGCCAGCAACGUUCCAGCACUGUAUGAACGAUUUGUUUAGGCCAUGGUUAGACAGAUUUGUUGUAGUUUAUCUAGAUGACAUUCUAGUGUUUAGUAGGACCCUCGAAGAGCAGCAGGGUCAUCUCAGGCAGGUCUUGGAGAAGCUGAGGGAAGCUAACUUCAAGAUCAAUGCAAAGAAGUGCGAUUGGGCAAAGACCCAAGUUUUGUAUUUAGGCCACGUCUUAGACGGAGACRGCGWCAAGCCAGAGGAUAGCAAGAUYGCAGCGAUUAGAGAUUGGCCGACACCGCGUACAUUGACAGAGUUGCGGUCGUUUUUAGGCCUAGCCAACUACUAUAGGAAGUUCAUAAGGAACUUCUCCACUAUCGCUGCGCCCCUUCGCAGGUUGCUCAGGAAAGAGACCAUCUGGAAGUGGGACAAGGACUGCACGUCUGCUAUGAAGAAAUUAAAACAGGCGUUGAUAGAGUAUCCGGUCCUUAAGGUCGCCGAUCCGUCCUUGCCUUUUGUCGUUACUACGGAUGCUAGCCAGGACGACAUAGGCGCGGUGUUACAGCAAGACGAUGGCAAUGGCUAUAGACCCGUAGAGUUCAUGUCCGCCAGGAUGCCUUUAGAGAAGGUUGCGACAUCUACCUACGAGAGGGAACUCUACGCUCUCAGGCAAGCGUUAUACCACUGGAAGCACUACUUGCUUGGGAGGCACUUCAAAGUCUACUAAGAUCACGAGACAUUGAGAUGGUUAAAGACGCAGGCCAAGAUGACACCUAAGCUUACUAGGUGGGCCGCCGAGAUAGA